CUCCAACUCUUGGGCUCAAGCGAUUCUCCUGCCUCCGCCUCCCAAGUAUUUUUAGUAGAGAUGGAUUUUCACUGUGUUGUCAAAGCUGAUCUUGAACUCCUGGCCUUAAGUGAUCCUCUUGCCUUGCAGUCCCAAAGUUCUGGGCUUACAGGUGCAAGUCACCAUGCCAAGCCUAAAUAUCCCUUCAAAGUGCCUAAAAUUAAACCAGUAGAAUCAUACCCUCUUGGCCCAACAGAGCUGAAAGGCUAUUGA